AUGACCUGUAAGGAAAUCCCACGAUGUGAAGUUUCACAGCAUUGCACUCCUGACGACGCAUGGAUGAUUAUCCGUAACGAUGUACUUGAUGUUACUAGCUUCUUUGACGAACAUCCCGGUGGUAUGGAAAUUAUGCUUGAAUAUAUCGGUAGCGAUGCCACCGAUGCAUUUGAAAGCGUUGGCCAUUCAAUUGUUGCUCGAAUGCUUGCCGAAAAGUUCAAAAUUGGCUCAUUGCCAGAACACGAACAAACUCAUUGCAAUAAGUAUAUCUCUGAUUCAAAGAAAGAUAUGCGCCCCAUGCACAUUACCGCUUGA